UCAAAGCCUUCUAACAAAACCCUCAUCUCUCUCUCUCUCUCUCUCUUUAUAAAGCUCCAGCCUUCUAUCAGAACCUUCUGCCAAAACUAAAAACUCCCAUCUCUAACUCUAGGUCAAUCUAUCUCACUCUUAUUAUUCACCAUGAUGAGAACACGGUUGCCUUCUCACUUUUCUAAUGCAGGUCAAAUUUUCAAAUUUCAUUUUCUUUUAGCCAAAAAUCAGAAAGGGGUUCCAAAAGGGCAUGUUGCAGUUUAUGUGGGAGAAGCUGAAAUGAAGAGAUAUGUGGUUCCACUAAAUUAUCUUAAUCAUCCUUCAUUUCAAGAUUUGCUCAAACAUUCUGAAGAAGAGUUCGGUUACCAUCAUCCAAUGGGCGGAUUGACGAUUCCUUGCAAUGAGGAAGCCUUCAUUCGUAUCACAAGUCAAUUGAAUUCACAUAAAAGCAUGAAGGAUACAGAGAAGAACUCUUAUCCCCAGUUUUGACAUCUUUUUCUAAGUAUACAUAGUUUGCUAGAUAUUUUCAGACUUUAGAGAUAUACAACUUGUAAGUUGUAAAUUCUAAGCAGUGCAAAUAUAUCAUAAUCGAAAAACUCAAGUAAACUUCAUAUAAGCGCCAGCUUUUAACAUAUUUUUCGGUUCUUCCCUUCGCUUUGUCUUAUCCACCAUUGCUUUUGGAUUUCACUAUAUGCGCCAUUGGCUCUUGAAAUUCAUUAUAUGCGCGAUUUAGACCCUGGAUCCAUUAAAAAAUAUAGUGAAAUUUUAAGUUCUACGCAUAGUGCAAAAACAAAGGCCGCAUUAUAUCGUAACAAUAGUAUUGUAGAGACUUUCAAAUUUACAGAACUGGUAUUACCUGCAUCAUAAAGGGGUAAAAAAUCAAGUUUUAGACCGUUUCUAGCGAAAUUUUAUGGUUUAAAUCGAUAUUUAGAACCACAUUUCCGAGUUUGUUUCCGCAACCAUGACUAAAACAACAUUUUUGCAAUAUGGUUCUACAUCCAUAUUUUUAACUUAUAUGCUACAGUUUUUUCAAUAUUCCAAAUCAAGA